AAAGGUAGAAAAGUCUUACACAAUCUCACGAGAAAAUAUGAGAUUUACCGAUUAUUGUUUACAUUGCAAAAAAUAGAACCGAAUCGAUUCUGAAUUAAGGAAUCUGAUUGGAAUCUUUUAAUAUACAUCACCUGAAAUCCCAAAGGUGGUGUUUCGGGGGGGAACGGAAUUUAAACAGCAAUUUUAUCAUUCCAGGACUCGAUCCCGGUUCGGUGCUGACCCGAAGUACGUUAACGAAGACAAACAAGAUAAACUGAUAUCCGAAAAAAAUCAAGAUUUAUUAAUUUCGUUGUGAAUACAUUAAGUUGGGAGGGGAACUCUGUAGGCUAAAAUCUGUUGUGGAGUGCCACAUGUCUUAAAUCUGGAAGAAAAUUGACAUCGAAGAGGCCAGCGGAGAAAGGCGGGUUCGGGAGAUCAAGCCCCAUAUCAAGGCCUCGGAGGUCUCGCAAUCCUCGGCCCACAGUAGGACGCGGAGCUGGCGUCCCCUAACGACAUUACAGGCACCAAGCGCUGGCGAGGGUCGUGGAUUCGACUGAGGCCUAGCGCUGAAAUGUCGGGCUGAGGUGGGAAGGGCGAGUCGGGAGACCACAAGAGGAGAACGGUCGAAGAAAAGUGAUUGAAUUAAUCCGCAGGAGGGUGAAAGAACAGCGAUAUCAGAGCCAUGAUGGAGGAAUUGCACAGCUUGGAUCCUCGCAGGCAGGAGCUGCUUGAGGCGCGUUUCACUGGAGUCGGAGUUGCCAAGGGUUCUGGACAAAACGAGUCAUCUAACCAGAGCCUUUGCAGCGUGGGCUCUCUCAGUGACAAAGAGCUGGAGACACCCGAGAAGAAAUCCAAUGACCAGAGAACACGUAAAAGGAAAGGAGACCCAUAUGACAACCAGGGCAAAGGAGCAAGAGGACACAAAAUCAGUGAUUAUUUUGAGUUUGCAGGGGGCAGUGGUAUUCCUCCAGUGGUACGCUCUUCACCUCAACACUCUCUCUCCAACCCUCCUGCUGCUGUGCAGCAAGGAAGCCCCUCCUCCAUCAGCUCGGCAAACACAGACCACUCCUCCUGUCUCAUCAAGUCGGCCUCUACACACAUGCAGCACCGAACCACACAGUCGGAAUUGACAAUGGAGAAGUUAGCAGCACUGGAGAGCAGUAAGAGUUCAGAUCUGGAAAAGAAAGAGGGACGUAUUGAUGAUCUGCUCAGGAUGAAUUGCGACCUGCGCAGACAGAUCGACGAGCAACAGAAAAUGCUGGAACGAUGUAAAGAACGACUCAACAAAUGUGUGACCAUGAGCAAGAAACUGCUUAUUGAAAAGUCCAAGCAGGAGAAAAUUGCAUGCAGGGAAAAGAGCAUGCAGGACCGCCUCCGUCUGGGGCAUUUUACCACUGUGCGACAUGGAGCGUCCUUCACCGAGCAGUGGACAGAUGGCUAUGCCUUUCAGAAUCUAGUCAAACAACAAGAGAGAGUGAAUGCUCAGCGAGAGGACAUCGAGAGGCAGAGGAAACUACUGAUGAAGAAGAAGCCACCCAACGCCAAUCAGACUCCUCCCCCAAACCUGGAACCCAACAAACGAAAGAGCAAGAGCAACGGCGCAGAUAACGAGAUGUUAUCGUUAGCAGAAUACCACGAGCAGGAAGAAAUUUUCAAACUGAGACUCGGCCACCUGAAGAAGGAGGAAGCUGAGAUUCAGGUGGAGUUGGAACGGUUAGAGCGUGUGCGUAAUCUUCACAUCCGAGAGCUCAAGAGAAUCCACAAUGAAGAUAAUUCUCAGUUUAAAGAUCAUCCCACAUUAAAUGACCGUUACCUGCUCCUGCAUUUGCUGGGAAGAGGAGGCUUCAGUGAGGUGUAUAAGGCGUUUGAUCUGACUGAGCAGAGGUAUGUGGCUGUGAAGAUUCACCAGCUUAAUAAAAACUGGAGGGAUGAGAAGAAAGAGAACUAUCACAAACAUGCAUGUCGAGAAUAUAGGAUUCAUAAGGAGCUAGACCACCCCAGAAUAGUCAAACUCUAUGACUACUUCUCCCUGGAUACUGACUCAUUCUGCACUGUUCUUGAGUACUGUGAGGGGAACGAUCUGGAUUUCUACCUGAAGCAACACAAGCUUAUGUCAGAGAAAGAGGCUCGAUCCAUCAUCAUGCAAGUCGUCAACGCCCUCAAGUACCUAAAUGAAAUCCGCCCACCAGUCAUCCAUUACGACCUCAAACCAGGUAACAUCCUGCUAGUCAAUGGCACAGCAUGUGGAGAGAUCAAAAUUACAGACUUUGGUUUGUCUAAGAUUAUGGACGACGAUAACUAUGGGGUGGAUGGCAUGGAGCUGACAUCACAGGGGGCGGGAACAUACUGGUAUCUUCCCCCAGAAUGCUUUGUGGUGGGAAAAGAGCCACCCAAGAUCUCCAACAAAGUGGACGUUUGGUCUGUUGGUGUUAUCUUCUACCAGUGCCUCUAUGGGAAGAAGCCGUUCGGUCAUAACCAGUCCCAGCAAGACAUCCUGCAGGAGAACACUAUUCUCAAAGCCACAGAGGUGCAGUUUCCUCCCAAACCCGGAGUCUCACCCGAGGCCAAGGCCUUCAUUCGCAGAUGUCUUGUGUAUCGUAAGGAGGAUCGUAUUGACGUUCACCAGCUAGCCAGCGAUCCCUACCUCCUUCCGCACAUGCGUAAAUCAGUGGCUGGCACUGGUAACUCCAGCAUGGCCAUCCCCUCCACUUCUAGCUCCUCUAACAGCAGCGCCUCAAAUUGAGCGUCCCGCCCAUCCUCGCUUGUUUUGAUUGGAAUAGAGGGAGUGGUGCUUUUGCUCCGCCCCUCUCUAAAGUCCACUCGAAGGGGAGCCAGACCCCCUACCUGCCAAGCAAGGAGCAGGAGGAAGGGAACUGAGAGGAAUGAAGACGAGACGCAUCCCCCUCCACCCUUCUUCCCCUCCUAGGAGUCUGGGGGGUGGUUCUUUUUUUUUUUUGAUGGUGCGGAGUGAAAAGCACUCCUUAGAGGGAGCCAGAGGAAUGGUGUGUUGCCUUUGAGAGUGAAAUGGCCCAAACUGCAGCUGCUCGGACAAGUGGAGAGACUAGUAUAUUGCCCUGCACCCCACAACACAAAUGCGCGCGCACACACACACGGAUACAUUAUAAUGAGGUCAGCUUGAUUUUUCAAUUGAUGUUUUAAUUGAUGGGAUACGCCUGUUCAUUCUGAUAUUCUCCCCACAAUAUUCCUGACGAACCUGGAGAUGCCGUUGUGACAACAAAGCUCGUCCCAGCACAUCUCUCUCUUUCCACCUUUUGCCUUGAGAUCUUUAAACUUAUUGAAGCAAUACUGGCAAUUAGUUCAUGUUUCAUUUUAAUCCAAACUGUUGUCUGAUGAAAUAAUAGAUGCUGAUGAGCCUGAUUCAGUAUCGCUGGACCUUGAAGUAAGCUAAUCUUAUGUGCUGGGAAUCAGAUAUUUGUACUGCUUGAGUAAUGAAAGGUCUAGCUGUAUCUGGAGAUGUUUGUCUUUGUGUCUUGCCCCCUUCCACCCUUCCUGUUCUAUGACCAAAGCUGAGCUCUACCAGUAGGUGGUGCUGUUCGACUUGAGAUGUUUUCUUUUCUUUUUUGCUUUAUGCUGUUUCGAAAGCGCAUUUUUGGGCAGCGUAUUAUUAGGUAAUUUUAGCGAUGCUAACGGAUGGCCCCAAGUAUGUUCUGUUUGUAUUUGUGUAAUUGGACAGAAUCUAACGUUUUAAAAUGAGAUAUUUUAUCUUGAAUUCAUUUGUUCCUUGCUUAGAAACACAAAUACACAUGCAUUCAAAAAUACAUGGAUUCAUACAUGUUUAGAUCUGGUGAAAUGGCAGGUUACCGGAUCCUGUUUACUGCGGGAAAGGUCUCUAUAGAGGGGGUGGAGCUAGUUCAGGGGUACAGGGCAGAACUGGGAGUGCUCAUUAAAUACUAUUGGUAAUAAAUAUUGUGUUGUUUGA